AUGCUGAGGCGCAGUCUCCGCCUGAGGAGACUCAACUGCAAAGCGAGUCCCUCUCGAGUCUUUUCAUCACCAUUCUAUAUAAGCAAUUGCAACAACCAAGUUUUAACACACCCUUUGCGAUAUUCUAUUGCAUCGUCAUCAAAGCCAUUCUCACAUCAGUCGUGGCAUACUCAAGACUCCGAAGUUGUAUCGGGACUACCAAUUGUAGACGACACCAUCUAUGCUCUAUCAACGGCGCAGGGUCGAGCUGGUAUUGCGGUAAUCCGCAUUUCUGGCCCAUCAUGUCUUGAAAUUUAUGAAGCACUUUGUCCAUCAAAACCAUUGCCAAAACCAAGAUAUGCAACAGUACGGUCUCUAUACGACCCACAGCAUGCCAAUAAUGAGCAGAUAGUGCUGGACUCAGAAGCUCUUGUUCUUUACUUUCCUAACCCAAAGACUGUGACUGGUGACGAUGUCUUGGAGUUGCAUGUUCAUGGAGGAUCAGCCACCGUAAAAGCUGUGUUAGCAGCCAUUCCGAAAUGUUCCGCUACACAUCGUAUUCGAUACGCAGAGCCUGGCGAGUUUACGAAGCGUGCCUUUUUCAACGACCGCCUUGAUCUUGCUCAGAUUGAAUCCCUGAGUGACACCCUGGCAGCUGAAACGGAACAGCAACGUCGUGCAGCUGUGCGAGGUAAUUCAGGUGUUCUUGGACGACAAUACGAGACAUGGAGAGAGCAGCUCUUGUUGGCUCGUGGUGAGAUCGAGGCAUUGAUUGAUUUUUCCGAAGAUCAGCACUUUGACGAGUCCCAGGCUGAAUUGUUACAGAAUGUGACUGCACAAAUUGCUAGGAUGCUACACAGCAUUGAGCUGCAUGAGCAGGGAAGUCAAAGGAGCGAGCUUUUGAGGAAUGGAAUUCGUAUAGCGCUGCUAGGGCCACCCAAUGUUGGUAAGAGCUCGCUUAUGAACCUGAUCGUUGGGCGCGAGGCAUCCAUUGUGUCCGGUGAAGCAGGCACAACGCGAGAUAUCGUCGAGGCAAGCUUGGAUAUUCGCGGCUAUUUAUGUUCAUUUGCAGAUACGGCAGGAUUCCGAUCCAAGGGCUCCAAGGUGAUCAACGGGGCUGAUAAUGGCGCAAUUGGGGCCGUGGAAGAAGAAGGAAUACGGCGAGCAAAGCAACGAGCUCUGGACUCUGAUCUCGUUAUUGUCCUAGCAUCCGUGGAAGAGGGCCAGGACGGGCCAUUUCUGCAAUAUGAUCAAGAAACGCUCGAUCUCGCUGCGGGGGCAGAGGACUGUGUUAUUGUUGUCAAUAAACAAGAUGCAGUUGGUAAAGAGGAAUUUGAGAAGCUGAUUCAAGAUUUCAGAGAAACUAUUCAAAGUCAAGCCCCCAAGCUAGCGGCGGCAGAGCUUGUGUCCGUAUCGUGCAAGGAGGCUCAGGCAGGGACAUGGGAAAGCAAGGAUCCUGGCGGUAUUCAGACUGUGAUCACCAAGCUCGUGGCAUCCUUUGAGAAGAUGACAUCCAUGCCGGUCGAUCUUCAGGAUCUACUAGGCGUUACAGAGCGUCAGCGUCAGCUCCUUAUCAAGUGUCGUCGACACUUGGAGGACUUCAUGAUGGAGGCUGCUCCUGAAGAGGGCUUGGAUGCGGAUGCUGAUGCAGUCCUCGCAGCCGAGUAUUUGCGGUAUGCUGCGAACUGCCUUGCACGCAUCACAGGGCGGGGUGAGUUUGGAGAUGUUGAGGAUGUACUGGGUGUUGUCUUUGAGAAGUAA